GAAAGCAUUUCCACUAUGUUUACAUCUUUAAAGACGUCAGCCCCCUGGAAGACCAAGCUGAUGUGCGUGCUGAAGAAGGGGGUCCUGAGGAUCACCGUGCAGGGCUUCAGGACUCAGCUGUGGCUGGGGGAGGUCUCUGGACACCCCAUGGAGCACAUGCCGCUCCUCAUCUCCGAGGUUCUGGUGUCAGUGUUAUCUAACUCUCUGAACCACGGCGGUUGGCCUCGGGUGGUGUCUGAGGACAUACACAGACACCUGGAGCAGCUGAGGAGCAAAGUGGUCACUCUGAGAGGCAGGGCAGAGGGACGCACCCUGCUGCCCCUACCACUGUGUGUGGAGAGAUCUCAGCCACAGGACAUAUUGCUCAGCUCUAAUGGCUGGCCGAUAGACCGGGCUCUGCUGUAUUCCAUAGAGACCCUGGUAAUCCAGUGGUCCGGUCAGGUCUGGACUGUCCUGAAGAGGGAUUCCAGCAUGGUGCUCCAGCAGGGGGACCACCCGGGCCCCAGCGCGGAGCUCCACUUCUGGGCCUGUCAGAGAGGCAACCUGCUAGGCGUCCAUUCACAGAUCAUGAACCCUAAGGUGGAACAGAUCAUGGAGAUUCUGAGGAGGAUCAAGAGCAGUUACUACGCCUCCUUCCACGAUAUCUGCCUCAAAGUCAACCAGGCGGUUUUAGAGGCUGAGGAUAUAGACCUCUACCUGAGACCACUGAGGAGACUGAUCAGUUGUCUGGAGGAGGGGAGUUUCAACAAGCUAGAGAUGCUGUUACCUCCUCUCUUCCACACGCUGUGUCUCAUCUGGAGUCGCUCCCAAUACUACUGCCGCCCUCCACGCAUGGUGCUCCUACUGCAGGAGUUCUGUAAUUUACUCAUCGAGAAGGCGUUUGCGUAUCUGAUCCCAGAGGAGCUGUUUAAGAUGGAACUGGAAGAAGGAGUGGAGAGGGUUCAGGUGACCAUCAGUGUCCUGCGGAGCUUCAAGCGCCUGUUCCACACACACCGCCAGCGCAUCCCUCAGUACUACCGCAGCGGGGAGACUGUCAAACAAUGGGACUUCCCUUCCACACUGGUCUUCCACAGGGCUGACCACAUACUGGACCGGCUGCUCAUGAUCGAGGAGCUGUUUGCGUCUGCGCUGGUCUUCCUGAAGCUGGAGAAGGUUGAGCUGGGAGGGUCGAGGGGGAAGAUCCUCAGUGAGAUGGUGUUCAGUAUGAACGAGGAGUUCCACGACAGCUGGAGAACUCUGAGGGAGAGCAAACACGACCCGCUGGACUACACUAAAGAGGACUUCCUAGUGGACUACAGGCGUUUCAUGGAGCAGAACAGAGACUUUGACCAGAGGCUGGGGACCGUUCUCAACCUGGCCUUCCAACACUCUAAAGGCCUGGAGUCUGCAUUCAAGCUCCUCCAGAUCUUUGGCACCCUCUUAGAGAGACCCAGGAUCAACCAGCUGUUCUCCCCAAACUACAGCACCCUGCUGGGCAUGUUCAACACUGAGAUAGACCACUGCCAGAUCAUACUGGACCAGCAGAGAGAGCGGUUGCGGUCGGGCUGUGUGGUCCUGAGUAAGAACAUGCCACCGGUCGCUGGCAACCUGAAGUGGUCGCAGGAGCUACGAGACCGCAUCCUGACUAACCGCAGCAACCUCAACCAUCUCAUACGCAUGCCACUGGGUUCUGCUGAGGCGGAGCAGGUUCUCCAGAAGUGUGAGAGGGUUCUAGAGGUUCUAGACCAGCACGAUGAGGAGCUGUUCUCUGUGUGGACGGAGGGGUUGGAGGAACUGUGCAACACACACCUCCAGGAACCACUACUCACCUUGGAUCAAGAGACAGGGCUGUUCCAGGUCAACUUCAGCCCUGCACUGACCUCAGUGCUGAGGGAGGUGAAGUAUCUGAGCAUGUUGAAGAACCACAGCAUCCCUAAAGCUGCUCUACACCUCUACUCCAAACGAGAGACACUCUAUAUGUACACCCAGACCUUGGCCCUGAUAACCCAGUGGUACAAUCGGCUGCACAGCACCAUCCUGGCUGUGGAGCUGGGAUUGGUUAAGGAGGAGAUGGACGGGACCAGACGGCAGCUGAAGCCCGCUCUCCAAGAACUGACCUGGAGUAGGGAUGACCUGUUGGACUACGUCCAGGCCACACGAGACCUGGUGCAGGACGUGUCCAGUAGAGUCCAGUCCAGUAAGGCUAAUGUUGAGGCCAUUCAGGCUCUGAUGGGGAAGUUCAGUCACCAGGCCUUCAUCACCAGGAAGACCAGGGGUUCUACCCUCCUCAUCCUCACUGACAUGGAGGAGAGCAUCAGCAAACAGUACACACUCAUCACCAACACAGGGGAGCAGAUACACACACUGCUAAAGGAGAACCUUGCUCUGUUAGGAGUGUCAGCCCCAGACUGUGCCGAGUGGAGGUCCUACACUGACUAUGUUGACCGCAUGGUUUUAGCAGGGUUCUCCAGUGCGGUACGCUGUUCCCUACAAUACCUGAUCGAGAACACUGACCCCGCCCUUCGCAUCGCACCGCUCUUCGAGGUCCAGCUGGUCCUCGACGCCAACGAGAUGACCUUUGAACCCUCGCUGGACAUCAGUCACCAGGGAAACUUCUAUGACAUCAUCGACAAGAUGGUGGGCGAUAUCACUAACAUGGCAUCGUUCAUACCUCGCGUGGCCAAGCAUAAACAGAUGGACAACUAUCAGUCUGACAUAGACAGGAUGGCCGACCUUUCAGAGCUGGGCCAGGUCAUCAGAGGCCGUGCCCGAUCGACCAUUUCUAAGGUCAGAGAGUACCAGGUGUCAUUUUCCAGCUACCGCUACCUCUGGACAGAUGACAGGUCAGAGUUCAUGAGACAGUUCCUGCUGUAUGGUCAUGUCCUGAGCACAGAGGAGGCUGAGCUCUACGCAGACUAUGAACUGGCCAAGAACCCACCCACACUGGACAACUUUAAAGAACAGAUCAGCCUGUUUGAGUCUCUAUACGUGCGGGUCAGUAAGCUGGAGGACAGGAGAGUGUUCUGUGGCUGGCUGCAGCUAGACAUCAAGCCCUUCAAACUGGCCCUGAUGAACAUCAUCAAGAGGUGGAGCUGGAUGUUCAAAGAGCACCUACUCAACCAUGUCAAUCAGAGUGUGAGCGACCUGGCGUUGUUUGUCCAGAACACAUCUUGUGGUCUGUCUAAUAAGGUCUCAGACGGGGACUACGCUGGUCUGGUGGACAUUAUGGGUCAUCUGAUGGCCAUACGGGACAGACAGAUCAGUGCUGAUCAACACUUCAAACCACUCAAGUCCACCACUGAUCUACUCAAGACCUAUGGACAGCAGCUACCUGGAAGUGUCUAUACACAGCUGGAGGAGCUGCCUGAGAAGUGGAAGAGUCUGAAAAAGGUCGCAUUUACAGUGAAACACGAGGUGGCCCCACUGCAGUCCAACGAGGUCUCCGUCAUACGUAGGAAGUGUGUCCGCUUUGAGAUCAAGCAGCAUGAGUUCAGAGAGCAGUUUCGCUCGGAGGUCAUCUUCAGAAUAGACGUGGAGGAGCCUUAUAAGCUGAUUGACAAGUCUAACCGCGUUGUAGCAGUGUUGGAGGCAGAGAUGCGUAAGCUCCAGGACACAGCUGAUCUGUUCGAGGUCAGUUUCCCUGACUACAAGCAGCUUCGCCAGUGUCGCUCUGACAUCAUCCUGGUCAAAGCCGUCUGGGACAUGGUCAUCUUCGUCAAGACCAGUAUAGAGGACUGGACUAAGACCCCGUGGAAAGAGAUUAACGUGGAGCAGAUGGACAUGGAGCUGAGGAGAUUUGCUAAGGAGAUGAAGACCCUGGAUAAGGAGGUGCGUGUGUGGGAUGUGUAUCUGGGUCUGGAGUCGACGGUGAAGAACCUGCUGACGUCUCUUAGAGCCGUCAAUGAGCUGCAGAACCCUGCCGUCAGAGAGAGACACUGGCAACAACUCAUGAACACCACAGGGGUACGGUUUGUGAUGUGGGAGGGGACCACUCUGGGAGACCUACUGGAGCUGCAGCUCCACAGAGUGGAGGACGAGGUCAAAAACAUAGUGGACAAGGCAGUCAAAGAGAUGGCCAUAGAGAAGGUGCUAGCUGAGAUUACUCAGACGUGGAGUGUGAUGGCCUUGUCUUAUGAGAAGCACCCCAGUAUAGAAACUCCACUGCUCAAGUCGGACGAAAACCUGAUUGAGACGCUGGAAGACAACCAGGUGCAGCUGCAAAACAUCCUGAUGAGUAAGUAUGUGGAGUACUUCCAGGCGGAGGUGAGUAGCUGGCAGAGGAGGCUAAUGGUGGCAGACCUGGUCAUCUCCUCCUGGAUGUCUGUCCAGAGGACCUGGGCCCACCUCAACAGCAUCUUCACCAAUAGCCACGACAUACGCUCUCAACUAGCCCGCGAUGCCGAGCGCUUCCAGGGCAUACACUCCGACUUCCAGAACAUGAUGACAGAGGUUGUCCAGACCCGUAACGUGGUGGAGGUCACCAACCAACCUGGCUUCCUGGAGAAACUAGAGGCUCUGCAGCAAAGGCUGUCAGUGUGUGAGAAGGCCCUGGCUGAGUAUCUGGAAACCAAAAGACUGACGUUCCCUCGGUUCUACUUUGUCUCUGCUACAGACCUAUUGGAGAUCGUCUCCAAGGGAACACAGCCCAAACAGGUUACCAGGCACCUGUUGAAGCUGUUUGAUAACGUGGCGGACCUUCGCUUCCAAGACUCAGAGAAAGAGGGAGAGGAGGGAGAAAAGAAACAGGGAGAGGAGGAUGAGGGGGAGGCAGUUGCCAUAGGAAUGUACAGUAGAGAAGGGGAGUACGUACCUUUCUCCGAACCCUGCAUCUGCCAAGGACAGGCAGAGUGCUGGCUGAGUGAACUUGAGCGGACUAUGCGCUCUACUGUCCAGAGGGAGAUCCAAGAAGCUGUCGCUGCUUAUGAGGACAAACCCAGAGACCAGUGGCUGUUUGACUAUCCAGCACAGGUUGGUCUGACUGGCAGCCAGGUGUGGUGGGCAACAGACGUGGGUAUCGCCUUUGAGAGGGUGGAGGAGGGCUUUGAGACUGCCCUGAAGGACUACAACAGAAAGCAGAUCACCCAGCUGAACUCCCUGAUCCACAUGCUCCUGGGAGACCUGACUCCAGGUGACAGACAGAAGAUCAUGACCUUGUGCACCAUCGACGUGCACGCUCGCGACGUGGUCGCCAAACUCAUAGCACAGAAGGUGACAACGGGACAGGCGUUUGCAUGGCUGUCCCAGCUGCGCCAUCGUUGGGAUGACGUGACGAGACACUGUUACAUCAACAUCUGUGAUGCUCAGUUCCAGUUCUCAUAUGAGUACCUGGGCAAUACCAACAGACUGGUCAUCACUCCACUCACUGACAGGUGUUACAUCACUCUGACCCAGUCUCUCCACCUGACGAUGAGUGGCGCCCCCUCUGGUCCAGCAGGCACUGGGAAGACUGAAACCACCAAGGACCUGGGCCGCUCCUUAGGCAUCAUGGUCUAUGUAUUCAACUGCUCCGAACAGAUGGACUACAAGUCCAUAGGGAACAUCUAUAAAGGCCUGGCCCAGACUGGUGUGUGGGGCUGUUUUGAUGAGUUCAACAGGAUCUCUGUGGAGGUGCUAUCUGUGGUGGCAGUACAGGUCAAAACCAUACAGGACGCCAUCAGGAACAAGAGACAGAGGUUCCAUUUCCUGGGUGAGGAGAUCGAGCUGAGGCCGACCGUAGGGAUUUUUAUCACUCUGAACCCAGGCUACGCUGGGAGAACUGAACUACCAGAGAACCUCAAGGCCUUGUUCAGGCCGUGUGCGAUGGUGAUUCCUGACUACGAGUUGAUCUGUGAGAUCAUGCUGGUUGCUGAGGGAUUCAUCGAUGCUCGCCUGCUCGCACGCAAGUUCAUCAGCCUGUACACACUCUGCAAGGAGCUGCUCUCUAAGCAGGACCACUAUGACUGGGGCCUCAGGGCCAUCAAGUCAGUGCUGGUGGUGGCUGGAUCACUGAAGAGAGAAGACAGAAGCAGACCAGAAGAACAGGUCCUGAUGCGAGCGUUGAGGGACUUUAACCUUCCCAAAAUAGUGACCAGUGACGUCCCUAUAUUCCUGGGUCUGAUCAGUGACCUGUUUCCCCAGCUGGAUGUCCCCAGGAAGAGAGACCCAGAGCUGGAGACAGCUGUACGACAGUCAGUCAGCGAACUACACCUGCAGCCGGAGGAAAACUUUAUACUCAAGGUGACUCAGUUGGAGGAGCUGCUGGCUGUCAGACACUCCGUGUUUGUAGUAGGGGGAGCUGGGACGGGGAAGAGCCAGAUUUUGAAGACCCUCCACAGAACGUAUGCUAAUCUGAGGAUGAAGCCUGUGUGGCACGACAUCAACCCUAAAGCUGUGACCACAGACGAACUGUUUGGCUAUCUACACCCUGCUACCAGAGAAUGGAAGGACGGCCUGUUCUCCUCCACUAUGAGGGAGCUGACACGACAGGUGGGCCAUGACGGGCCCAAGUGGAUUGUUCUGGAUGGAGACAUAGACCCCAUGUGGAUAGAAUCCCUCAACACUGUCAUGGAUGACAACAAGGUGUUAACCUUGGCCAGUAAUGAGCGUAUCAGUCUAUCUUCCUCCAUGCGUCUGCUUUUUGAGAUCAGCCAUUUGAGAGCGGCAACCCCAGCCACAGUCUCCCGCGCCGGGAUACUUUACGUCAAUCCACAAGACCUGGGCUGGAGCUCGUACGUGACAAGUUGGAUUGACACCAGGCUGGCCCAAUCAGAGCGAGCCAACUUGACCAUCCUGUUUGACAAGUACGUCCCCUACUGCCUGGAGCAGGUCCGCUGUAACCUCAAGACCACUCACUCCAAUAGACACUCUGUUCCUGAGAAUCAGACACUGUGUUCUCUGUCCGCUACGCUCUGUUCCUUGUUGGACUGCCUGCUGACAGAAGACAACACUCCUCCUGACUCUCCCAGGGAACUCUAUGAGAUCUACUUUGUCUUCGCCUGCGUCUGGGCCUUUGGAGGAGCUCUGUUCCAGGACCAUUUGAUCGACUAUCGCGCCGAGUUCAGUCGCUGGUGGUCGAAGGAGAUGAGAGCGGUGAAGUUCCCCUCGCAGGGCACAGUGUUCGACUACUUCAUAGACGCCGACACUAAGAAGUUCAGUCCCUGGAUUGAGAGGACGCCCCGGUUUGAGCUGGAGCCUGAUGUCCCCUUACAGACGGUGCUAGUCCACUCGGCAGAGACCAUCUGUCUGACGUACUUCAUAGACCUGCUCCUGCAGAGAGGCAAGCCUGUGAUGUUGGUGGGGAACGCUGGAGUAGGGAAGACCAUCCUGGUCUCUGAUAAAGUAGCCAAGCUACAAGAGGACUACAUGGUGGCUAAAGUCCCCUUCAACUACUACACCACCUCGGCUAUGCUACAGCGUGUGUUAGAGAAGCCUCUAGAGAAGAAGGCAGGGCGUAACUAUGCUCCUCCUGGAACCAAGAAACUCAUCUACUUCAUAGAUGACCUCAACAUGCCUGAGGUGGAUGUGUAUGGUACGGUCCAGCCACACACACUCAUACGCCAGCACCUGGACUACAACCACUGGUACGACAGACAGAGGCUGGUGCUGAAAGAGAUCCAUAACUGUCAGUACAUCACCUGUAUGAACCCUACAGCAGGGAGCUUCUCAGUCAACCCCAGACUACAGAGGCAUUUCUCAGUGUUUGCGGUUCAUUUCCCUAGCGCUGAGGCGCUAGCCACCAUCUUCACUAGCAUCCUGUCAGCCCAUUUCCUCCAGGGGGGCUUCAGCUAUGGCGUCUCGCGCUCGGUAGGAACACUAAUACAGGCAGCCAUCUGUCUCCAUCAGAAGGUCAGUCAGAACUUCCUCCCCACGGCCAUACGCUUUCACUAUAUCUUCAACCUGAGGGACCUCUCCAACAUCUUCCAGGGUAUUCUGUUUGCCCUGCCAGAUUGUGUGCGUUACCCCAUAGACCUUGUCCAUCUGUGGCUCCAUGAGUCGUCCCGGGUUUACUCUGACAAACUGAUGGAGGAGAAGGAUGUGGAACUCUUCAACAAGAUUCUACUAGACACUGGCAAGAGAUACUUUGAGGGUAUAGAUGAGUCUAGUUUCAUCCACCAGCCCCUGGUGUACUGUCACUUUGCCCAUGGGGUGGGGGAGCCCAGGUACCACCAGGCAUCAGACUGGGAAAAGCUCCAGAAGACCCUGACUGAUGCUCUGGAACACUACAACGAGCUGCAUGCUGUCAUGAACCUGGUGCUCUUUGAGGAGGCAAUGCAGCAUGUGUGUCGUAUCAGUCGUAUCCUGGAGGCCCCCCAUGGUAAUGCUCUGCUGGUGGGGGUGGGAGGCAGUGGGAAGCAGAGUCUGUGUCGCCUCGCUGCCUUCCUCAGUACCCUGGAGGUGUUCCAGAUUACACUGAGGAAGGGCUACGGGAUACAUGACCUACGGAGUGAUAUAGCAGCGCUGUACAUCAAGGUGGGGGUGAAGAAUAUUGGGACAGUCUUCCUCCACACAGAUGCCCAGAUCCCAGACGAACGCUUCCUGGUCCUCAUCAACGACAUGCUGGCGUCAGGGGACAUCCCAGACCUGUUCAGUGAGGAGGAAGUGGAUAUGAUCGUGACGUCCAUCCGUAUGGAGCUAAGAGGACUGGGCCUGAUUGACAACAGAGACAACUGCUGGGCCUUCUUCAUCGAGAGGAUACGGAGGCAGCUCAAGGUGGUCCUGUGUUUUUCCCCGGUAGGGUUCACCCUGCGUACCCGUGCUCGUAAGUUCCCGGCCCUGGUCAACUGUACGGCCAUAGACUGGUUCCACUCCUGGCCUCAGCUGGCCCUUCAGUCUGUCAGCACCACCUUCAUAGAGAAGAUACCUGAUCUGGAGCCGGAUGUCCGUGCGUCCAUCAGUGAGUUUAUCUCCUACGCCCAUACCAGUGUUAACGAGGUGAGUGUGAAGUACCAGCAGAACGAGAAGCACUUCAACUACACCACUCCCAAGAGCUUCCUAGAGUUUAUGAAACUGUACGGUAACCUACUGGGGACAAAACGCAGAGAGCUCACUCAGAAGAUGGAGAGACUGGAGAACGGCCUGCAGAAACUACAGACCACGGCCUCACAGGUGGAGGAUCUUAAGGCUAAGUUAGCAGUCCAGGAAGUAGAGCUAUGGCAGAGGAACACAGACACAGAGGCUCUCAUCUCUAAGAUCGGCCAGCAGACAGACAAACUCAACCAGGAGAGGGCUGUGGCAGACGCGGAGGAACAGAGGGUAGGAACCAUCCAGGCUGAGGUGACCACACAGCAACAGCAGAGUGAAGAGGACCUGGCGAAGGCUGAACCUGCCUUACAGGCAGCUGACGCAGCCCUCAACACACUCAACAGGCUGAACCUGACAGAGUUGAAGACGUUCCCUAACCCCCCGGCCAUAGUGACUAACGUGUCUGCUGCUGUCAUGGUGCUACUGGCUCCUCAUGGUAAAUUACCCAAAGACCGCAGCUGGAAGGCAGCGAAAGUAGUCAUGAGCAAGGUGGAUGACUUCCUACAGGCGUUGGUGAACUUUGACAAGGAACACAUCCCGGAAUCGACAGUGAGGUGCGUGAGAGAUGAGUACCUCAGUGACCCAGAGUUUAACCCUGAGUUUGUCAGACUCAAAUCAUCCGCCGCCGCCGGUCUCUGUGCCUGGGUCCUCAACAUCAUACGCUUCCACGAGGUGUUCUGUGAGGUGGAGGUGAAGAAGCUGUGUCUGUCUCAGGCUAAUGCUGACCUAGCUGAGGCCGCAGACAAACUAGAAGCCAUUAGGAAGAAACUAGCUGAGUUGGACUGUAGUCUGGAUACCCUGACUGCUGCGUUUGAGAAGGCUACCUCUGAGAAGCUACGCUGUCAGGACGAGGUCAACCACACCAACAAAACCAUCGAACUGGCCAAUCGCCUCGUCAAAGGACUCGAGUCGGAGAAUGUGCGUUGGGCCCACUCUGUAGCCGGGUACCAUGAGCAGGAGGAGACUCUGUGUGGAGACCUUCUGCUGACUGCAGCCUUCAUCUCCUACGCCGGAUCCUUCUCUAAGAAGUACCGCAGAGAACUACUGGAGAACCUCUGGAUGCCCUUCCUACGUGGCCAGAAGAUCCCCAUCCCCAUGACGGAGGGGUUAGAUCCAGUGUGUAUGCUGACGGAUGAUGCUACCGUGGCUCAGUGGAACAACGAGGGGUUGCCGGGAGACAAGAUGUCCACUCAGAACGCCACCAUCCUCACCAACUGUGAACGCUGGCCACUGCUUAUUGACCCCCAACUGCAGGGCAUCAAGUGGAUCAAGAUUCGUUAUGGCAACAGCCUCAAGGUGGUCAGCCUGGGAGAGAAAGGGUAUGUGGAUGUGAUAGAGCAGGCUGUUGUGACUGGAGACACUGUCCUCAUAGAGAAUCUGGAGGAGUCCAUCGACCCUGUCAUAGACCCUCUACUGGGACGACACACGAUCAAGAAGGGCAGUUGUAUAAAGGUGGGGGAUAAAGAGUGUUUCUUCCACCCAGCGUUCAGGCUGAUCCUCCACACUAAACUGGCUAACCCCCACUAUAAGCCUGAGAUCCAGGCCCAGACCACCCUCAUCAACUUCACUGUUACAAGAGACGGCCUGGAGGACCAGCUGCUGGCUCAGGUGGUCAAUCUGGAGAGGCCCGACCUCGAGCACCUCAAGAGUGACCUGACCAAGCAGCAGAACCUGUUCAAGAUAGAGCUGAAGCUGUUGGAGGACGAGCUGCUGGGCCGUCUCUCUGCUGCUGAGAGCAACUUCCUAGGAGACAACGUCCUGGUGGAGAAACUAGAGACCACCAAACACACGGCCGCGGAGAUCGAGAUGAAGGUUCUGGAGGCGAAGGUGAACGAGGUGAAGAUCAACGAGGCCAGAGAACAUUACCGCCCCGUAGCAGUCAGAUCCUCUCUGCUGUACUUCAUCAUGAACGACCUCAACAAGAUCAACCCCAUGUACCAGUUCAGCCUCAAGGCGUUUAACGUGGUGUUCCACAAGGCGGUGGAGCAGGCAGAGGUGUGUGAGGACGUGAGGAGCAGAGUCAACACUCUAAUAGACGGCAUCACCUACUCCACCUUCAACUACAUCAGCAGAGGCCUGUUUGAGAGAGACAAACUCACCUUCACCGCUCAACUCGCCUUCCAGUUGUUACUGAUGAGUAAGGAGAUAGACGUACGAGAACUAGACUUCCUGCUCCGCUUCAACAUCGACCACAGCUACAUCUGUCCUGUAGACUUCCUCUCCAACCAGGCCUGGAGCGCCAUCAAGACAAUGAGUUUCACUGAUGAGUUUCGUGGUUUGGACCGGGACAUCGAGGGCUCCCCUAAACGCUGGAAAAAGGUGGUAGAGUCCGAGUGUCCGGAGAAAGAGAAGUUUCCUCAGGAGUGGAAAGCAAAAAGUUCCCUACAGAAACUCAUUAUGAUGAGAGCCCUGAGACCUGAUAGGAUGACUUACGCUGUCAGGAACUUUGUGGAGGAGAAGUUGGGGGUGAAGUAUACAGAGAGGAGGAAGACCGAGUUUGCUAAGUCCUUCAGAGAGAGUGGACCCGCCUCGCCUGUCUUCUUCAUCCUGUCUCCCGGAGUAGACCCUCUCAAAGACGUGGAGUCACUGGGCAGGAAGUUAGGAUUCACCAUAGACCUGGGGAAGCUCCACAAUGUGUCUUUGGGUCAGGGCCAGGAGGCUGUGGCUGAGGUUGCCAUGGAGAUGGCUGCUAAGGAGGGACACUGGGUCAUCCUACAGAAUAUCCACCUGGUGGCUCGCUGGCUGGGGUCGUUGGAGAAGCUUCUGGAACGCUGCUGUGAGGGCAGUCACCAGGACUACAGAGUGUUUAUGAGUGCUGAGCCUGCCCCUACACCACAGGAGCACAUCAUCCCUCAGGGCAUCCUGGAGAAUGCCAUCAAGAUCACUAACGAGCCUCCCACUGGCAUGCAUGCCAACCUCCACGCUGCUCUGGACAACUUUGACCAGGAUAUAUUGGAUCAGUGCAGUAGAGAGCAGGAGUUUAAGACCAUCCUGUUCUCUCUGUGUUAUUUUCAUGCCUGUGUGGCUGAGAGGCGCAAGUUCGGUCCUCAGGGUUGGAACAGGAAAUACCCCUUUAACACUGGAGACCUCACCAUCUCUGUCAAUGUGCUCUACAACUACCUGGAGGCCAACUCACAGGUGCCGUGGGAGGACUUGCGCUAUCUGUUUGGAGAGAUCAUGUACGGAGGUCACAUCACAGACGACUGGGACAGAAGACUCUGUAGAACCUACCUGGAGGAAUACAUGCAGCCCAACCAGUCUGACAGGAAGUUGGCUCUGGCUCCGGGCUUUGUGGUUCCCUCCAACUUGGACUACCAGGGUUACCAUGGUUACAUAGAUGAGAUGCUGCCCCAUGAGAGCCCGGUGCAUUAUGGGCUACACCCCAACGCAGAGAUAGAGUUUCUGACGGUGACCUCUGAUAACCUCUUCCACACACUGCUGGAGCUGCAGUCACCUGACUCUGUGAUGGGAGAGGGGGCUUCACAGACCGUAGAGGAGAAGGUGAAGACCAUCCUAGACGAGGUGUUGGAGAAGCUUCCAGAAGAGUACAACAUGUCAGACAUCACGUCUAAGACAGCUGAGAGAUCACCAUACAUCCUGGUCUGCUUCCAGGAGUGUGAGCGUAUGAACACGCUCAUCUACGAGAUACGACGCUCACUGAAGGAGCUGGACCUGGGGCUGAAGGGUGAGCUGGCGAUCUCCUCAGAGAUGGAGCAGAUCCAGGCAGCUCUGUUCUUUGAUAACGUCCCAGACACCUGGACCAAACUGGCCUACCCCUCCACUUACAGCCUUGCCCAGUGGUAUAAUGACGUGUUGCUGCGCUGUAGAGAGCUGGACAGCUGGACACAGGACCUGGCUCUACCCACCGUCAUCUGGCUGUCUGGACUCUUUAACCCACAGUCCUUCUUAACAGCGGUGAUGCAGUCUCUGGCUCGUAAGAAUGAGUGGCCGUUAGAUAAGAUGAACCUGACUGUGGAUGUGACUAAGAAAUUUAAGGAAGAGUUCAACCAGCCAGCCAGAGAGGGAGUAUACGUAUACGGACUAUACAUGGAAGGUGCAAGAUGGGACACUCAGGGUGGGGUGAUCGCGGAGGCUCGUCUGAAGGAGUUAACCCCCUCCAUGCCAGUCAUCUCAGUCCGAGCAGUACCGAACGACAGACAGGAGACGCGUAACAUCUACGAGUGUCCCCUGUACAAGACCAAGCUGAGAGGAACCACUUAUGUCUGGACCUUCAGCCUCAAGACCAGAGAGAGACCAGCGAAGUGGGUACUGGCUGGGGUGGCCCUGCUGCUCAGUGUGUAGAGGUAAGGGUUAGGGGGGAGACCAGACAAGUGGGUACUGGCUGGGAAGAAGCAAGGUCGUUUUUCCAUUCGCUAUUUGUAGGGUGUGUAUUUUCUGCAUUAUGUUGCUAAGUGUGAGAGAAGGUAUUUUAUGUAAAAUACAUGUAUGUGUUACUACAUAAUCCCUCAAACCAGGUUUGAUGUUGCUAUUGAAAUAUAAAAUACAUUUGUAUAGUACUGUUUUAGCACCUGAAAGCUAUAUGAAAAUGUAUAAAGCAUUUGGACAUUUUAUUCAUAUGACUUAGUAAGAAUAGAAAUAAAAAUGAAAAUCUGUA